AGCCCGAGUCACGGGCAAUUUAGUUGCUUAUUAAACGCAACUUCGUCGAACGAAGCGCAACGACCGCUUUCAUUCUCGGUCCUCAAUUUGCUGACCAAACCGUUAGUUUCGGCCGUACAGGAAAGAUCAAACUAAAACAGGUGUUUACUUAGUGACAACAACGUUUUGUGUUAGAUGCUCAAACCAAUAAUUAUGGGAAGUGCUCAAAGCGUUUAAGUGAUCGGAAUCUAAAAUCUAUAAAAAAAUGUGCAAAGAAUUGUUUGUUCUACUGCUGAUGGCCAUCAUGACUAUAUGCGAAGGAGCGACGUACGUUAAUCUAGAGGGGCCCAACCCAGUAAGAGAGUGUAAGAACUAUGGCAAAUAUAAACCUACUAAAGCACCAGUUUAUUCCCCUACAACCGAAAAUUUGAGCUUUGAAAAAUGCGGAGAAUGGAACGGUAAAGGUGACAUGCCUUGGACAGUGAUUAUUGCAGCUAAACCUAACAGCAGCGCUUGGUCGAGCUACGCGGUGACACAAACAGUGACUGAAUUUUUAAUUUUAAUUUCCUUUUUUGGGUCUGUUACAUUAAUUAUGUUAUCAUUGAAGUUUCCUCGUGAUUUGACGGACAACAAAGAAACCUAUGGAUUUUUGGUGUCUGAGCAAACCGUGCUGGCUGGCUUCAAUCCACACCAUUACGAAAUCGAAAACUACCGUAUAUAUGCUGGCCCAUGCUACUCUGGGUCAAAGGACGAAGAGCUAUGCAAGUUUGGUAGAGGAUUACUACAAAAAAGAGCACUAUCGAGAUCAAGAAUCGUCUUUCGAAAAAAUGGGUAUGAAAUGUGGAAAAUUGAAAAAGUCACGAUCACACAGCAUUUGAAACCAAUCUGCUUGUGGAAUCUGAACAGCUAUGAUCGAGAAUCCAGAUUUGAUUCAUUUGUCUUCACUCAAAAUAACACGAGGAGUUUAAAAAGGACAGAGCUUUUGAGUCAUCAGCAGUGCUAUCUCAAUAAUUCGAUAUCCUCAAGUGUUUGCGACAAGUUGGACUCACUUAUGUGUUCUGCGUUUGAAUAUUCAGGAUUUUUUCUGAUAACGAAGGUCGAUAACAGAUAUUAUUUACGUGCAACCAGAUGGGGAAAUUUCUUGCUAUCGGAGUAUCGGGUUGAAAAUAGGAUUCUCUGGUUCGACAUUCUGCAGGAUAUUGACAGGAUAGUUGCUAACUCGACCGGCUUAUUUCUGAUGCCUCCAACUCCAAAACUAGAGACGGAAAUAGAUUUUGGAAGAGGCGAGAGCUAUGCAGGUUGCGGAGAAGUCGCUCAGGAUAAAACCAGAGGCCGUGAAAGACGAGACACGGCAGUCGGGUUCAUACACCACGGCACUAAUGCCCCAAUCGAGCAGAAUCCCUGGCAUGCGAGCCUGUCCAUCAACUUUCCAACGACGGAUUCGCUCUAUGACUUAUGCGGCGGCACGCUAGUGUCCAAGAGAGUAAUAGUGACUGCUGCUCAUUGUUUGUAUGAUCCAAAUACUGGUGAUAAAAUUGAAGCGGAAUGGCUGGAAAUCACCUUAGGAAUGUACGACGCAACAGACAGCGAAGAAAUCGGGCGUCAGACGGUCCAGGCUGCUUCCAUUGUGAUUUAUGACGGAUAUGACUACUUCAGAAACGAUUUUCAACACGACUUGGCCCUGAUAAUUAUGAAAAAAGAUAGCAUCCAAAUAACAGAGCGAGUGAGGCCUGCCUGCUUGUGGAAUAGUGAAUAUGACUUCGAAAAUAUCGCCGGCAAAAAUGGAAAGGUGGUUGGCUUUGGCUUUACGGAACAAUUCACAAAGUCGAGCAUCCUGCAGAAAGCGUACUUAAGAAUUGCUCCACACGAAGAAUGCUUUUACACAAACAAAAAGUUCUACUCAAGGAAUCUGAGGCCCACACAAAACUUUUGCGCUGGAUUUCCGCACAAUGGUACAAAUGCUUGCAAUGGAGACAGCGGCGGCGGACUGCUCAUUGCUAAUGGUCCUUCGGCAAGGAAAAAGCGGUUCUAUUUGCGAGGCGUCAUUAGUUUUGGUCCCAGCCAAAAAAAGGAAAAAAAUAAUGCAGAAAUACGCGUGUGUAACCCAUCUAAAUAUGCCUUGUUUCUUGACAUCACAAGCUACAUGCAAUGGAUCGUGGAUAACAGUCCUGAUAUUGCACCAAUUUAACCAAAUCACCCCUAGACGAGCGUUAUAGAAUAUUCAGCAGCGAUUGCAUUUUACCGUAGAGAUUUCCAAUUAACUAAACUGAACGUACAAAUUGUAACAAAAAAUACGUUAGAAAAUUAAAUCGUUCAUUAUUUCCCUGUUUCAUUACGGACGUGUGAAUGGUCUCUUAGGGAAACCCUAUAUAUCAUACCAAGAUCAGGCGGUACAAAAAUCUAUUUUUAUUGAUUCUAUUCUAAUGCUAUAUUUAAAGUUAUAUUAGGACUAAACUGGCCAGUUGUAAAUCUCUGGGCGAAUUGUUGUAAUAAAACGAUUUCUGAAAAGUCA